UGGAAAGUAGACAACAAUGGCUUACCAGGCUGAAAAAUGAACUUAGCAACAGUCCUCUGGUAUCAAAUGUGGCUUUUGGCUUUAUCCUCAUGGGACUAGAGAAGCUGGUGGAGCUGGAGUUUGAGUGUCCUUGCAACCCUACAUGGAACGGAGUGUUUUCAUCAGCAUUCUUCAUCAUUCCUGCCGUCAUGGCCUUCACCUUGAUGCUGAUCAUUCAAGGAUGCAGAUGUGAUACGUGGUGCAGGAAAACUGUUUCCCUCUCCAGUUUCGUUCCUGCUAUCGUGUGGCUCAUUUUGUUGUUCCUCGAUGGCCAAUACUUUGCUUGUGCUAUGACAGACUGGGAGGGUAGAUUUGUACUAGUUGACAAGGCAGCUCCGCAGAAGUGGUGUGAGCCAAUUAGUGAGGGAGAUGUCACCCCACAAGAACUAAUGCUCCGCUCACAGCAGCUGUUUGUUUUUUCUCAGGUUAUAGGCAUAGUCCUCCUCAUUUUCAUCUGUGUGGGUCUCGUAGUGUAUGUAAUCAGAGAAAGCUGCCAACAAGAGGUGGAGAUGCAGGAUUCAGAUGUAGCCGAGCUCACCGUCCUCAGGAUGAGCUCUCUACGGACCAGGACAUCAUGAGAGGAUUUACACCGCCCACCACACCUGCCCUGCUGGCAUGGACACUUUGUAAAUACCCCGAACGGACUUUACUAUGAGUUUUCAUAGCUGUUGUCAGUAAGUGUUGUUUGAAAGUAUUUCCCCUGAAACAAAUUGGACAUAGGUCUUGAAUGGUCAGCGAUGUGGCCUUAUGAAGUUGCCGUAAAUAUGGAUGUUAUUGAAAACAGUGUUUUUGUAUUAACAGUGAAUAUGUAACCAGUCUUGUGCCUGUGUGUAUCUCACACUUCAGGGCAGCAAUGUAAUCAUUUUUACUUAUCUUUAAAGCAGUGGUUCUCAAACUGUGGGGUAGACCCCCUUGAGAGGGCAUAGAGCCUAUGCAGGUGGGACGUGGAUGACCAGGGAAAAAAUAUAGAGUAAAACCAAGUUAAAUGAAUAUGAUUUUUGUAGGGAAAACAAACAAGAGUUUGCUUAUGCUAACAUGCUGACCUUUACUUAGCUAAAAUACAACAUUGCUUCCCCACUAGAGCAGGAAUGAGUCCUAAACCCGUACAUGGGUUAGCAUUUUAGCAUUCCCGGUUCCCUCAUCUUAAAGUAAAGUUAUUUUUAAACUUUUUCUUUUCAUUUUAACUCUUAAAACUGUCAGAGGUAAUUUUCUUGUGGUUAACACAAGCUUAGACUUCAGCAUUUUGUUCUACAACGUAAUAUACAUCAGUAAAUUCUCCACCUGUAAAUUUUUAAAGGCCUUAAGUGUCUUAAAAAAGGCGAUUGCUAACAAGUGACUAAAUGAGACUACCGAGUGUCAUCAUGCAGAACAUGACUUUACAGCGUCCUUUUGAAGGCAACGUUUAAGUCAUGUAACUGUGGUGUAGUUCCUUAAAAGCCUAACGUUAAGCUUUUUACCUCUGGCGAUUGAAUUUAUGCUCCAGAAAAUCAUAAAAGUGGUGUUCGCUUGUCAAGAUUGUCUUGCUGAACAUAAAGUGUAAAUAUUAUAAUGUUUGUCUGCCAAAAUCUAAUGGAAAAAUCACAUUCGCUUUUAGUUGAGGGAACUAGAGUGAUGUUAACUUCAGGGCUGGCCUACAAACAAACGUCAUCCUUGCAACACUCUAUUAUUAUUAGUGAUUCAUUUCUUAAAAAAAGGUAGGCGUGGGGCUUCAGCUUUUUUCCCAACUUCUAAAGGGGGGCAUGACAAAAAGAUUGAGAACCACAACUUUAAAGGAAUAGUUUGAUAUUUUAUUUAUAAAUAUGAAGCUACAGUCAGCAGGCAGUUAGCUUAGCACAAAGACUAGAAGUAGAGGGAAACAGCUUGCCUGGCCCUGUCCAAAGGUAACAACAUGCUUACCAGCAUGUCUAAAAGUUCCAAAUUCAUCAGUUAUAUCUCAAGAGUUUGAUCUGUACGAGUGUAAAAACAAUAAUUUGCUGUUUUAAAGGUAUGUGCUGAACUAUUGCUUGUAUGGAAGCAGUUGCCAGGCAACCAGUGGAGACUCCAGGAAAUUACUGCAAGAAAUAGUCCAGCACAAAACCCCUCAUAAAACUGUGAAUUAUCCCAUUCCACCCUUUUUUCCAGUCUUUAUGCGAAGUUCAGAUACCGAGGCUGCUGACUAUAGCUUCAUAUUUACCAGACAGACACUAGAGUGGUUAUCGAUCUGCCCAUCUAACUCUCAGCAAAAAGGCAAAUAAGCAUAUUCCCCAAAAUGUUAAACUAUUCAUUCAAAGUGAUAUUUCACUUUGACACAUUUUGUGUGUUUUACUGUCAGCUGAGUGUACUGAAGGUUUGUUGUGUUUUUGAGCCAGCAGCUCUGAGAAUCUCAGCCAGCACUGCUCUCUUAUCUUUAACUCUGUACCUUGAAAAUAGCAUUUCAUAUUUUUAACCUGGACGUUUUUUCGUGCCUUUUGUAUUAGCUAUAUUGACACAAGUGGAAUCCACCUGGCAGCUGAUAUUGAUCCGACUAAUAUUAGUUGACUUGUACUGUUUGUAUGAGGUGUUUGUGCCAAAAAUGAAAAUGUUCCAUCAAGGUGAAAUUUCACUUGAAAUACUUUUGUUCUCCCUCCUGGGUAGCAAAUGUCUCCAGACUUAUGUAGGGUCGUGACCCCCGGCAUGUCUGAUCCUACCAAACCGUGAUGAUUCAGACUGAACAGAUAUUCCUAAUGAUUUACCUGUUUGACAGCUAGAGAUGUAAAACCAUGUACAUGAUGAUUUGUAUCAUGGCUGCAACCAGCCAAUAGUAGGAUGUAGAC